UGACAGCGCUUUGUUUUGAUUCGGUUAUGUAAAAGAGCGAUCGGCAGAUUCUUCGCCGAAAGGAAAAUAAAUCGCAAGCAUGGAACACCCAGCGGGAUCAGAACCAGGAUUACACCGCACGGAAAUGUCCGACGAAGAGAGAAAAUUUCGCUAUCGAGCAUCCGCUUUCCUUGCCGGAGUAGCGGGAAUAGCAGCCGUAGCCGGAUUCAGCAAAACGAUUAUGACGGCGAAGAAGUCCGACCCGCAGUUUUUCGAGCGGGGUGUCCAGGGCAGUAUUGCCAUGCAGGAAACCGGCGCCAGUCUGGCGAUGCGUGCCCUCGGUUGGGGUACGUUGUAUGCGUUUCUCGGAACCGGUACCAUUUGCUACGGGAUCUGGAAGCUUACGGGGGCUUCGAAUAUGCAGGAAUUCCGGGAGUCGAUUGGAAACAUUUUUCCAAGGAUACCGAAAAAUGACCCUCCCAGGAGUAGAACCGAAUUUGACGGUCUGACGGAUCUUAUGAAAUAUUUGAGCACUUGGGAUAGGAAGGAAAAAUAAGCGUAGCCCUCCUGAUUUAACAUAAGACCAUAAGACUUCAGUUAGGUUUAUUAUGCUUUCAUGUAAAUAUAUAGGUAGUAAUAAACAUUUAAUAUUAAAACAAUGAACGAAUACGAAAAUUGUGCUUGAAUGUAGUUGAAAAUGCUUGCUCAAUUUUUGGCCAAGGCAGGGCUGGUAGCGACAAAGUUUUUUAGAAAUAGGAACUUAAUGAACUUCAUGCAUGAAAAAAUAGACAUGACGCGAAUCAAACAUAAAGUUUAUGAAAAUUAUUCCUGACAUUACAAGUAUUACUGUAUAUGCAGAUUUUCAUAUUUUUCCCAGGAAUUUCAUCAAAAUUUAAUUCAAGUAUUGGUUUCUUCCAGAAAAUACUCCGAAGAAUUUUUCAAUAGUUCAUAUAAUAACAAGAACUCAAUCUGAAUUUUCCAAGGAUCAUUGAAGGAAUAGCUCCAGAGAAUGCAUCAGAACUUUCUUCAGCAAAUUCUCCAAAGUUUCUUUCAGAAAUUUCUCAAGGAAGUCCCCUCGAAUAAUUCGUGGAAAAUUGAUGAGUAUUUUCUUAAGAAAUUACUAAAGGUAUUGUGGAGCGCUGAUGAAUUUCUGUAGAAACAUCCGAAUAAAUUACUCUAAGCAUUACUUGAGAAAUCGCUAGGGGAAUUUAUGAACGAAUUCUUCAAAGAAACUCCUGGAAGUAUUGCUGGAAAGAUCCCCAGGGGAGUUCCUGAAAAAUAUUCUAAAAUAUUGUUUCCACAUUUUGGUAACAUCGUUGUAAGAAAUUGGUGAAGAACCUGUGGAAUACUCACGUAUGAAUGAAACCUCUAUAAUUUUGCACUAGGUUCCAUUCGCAAGGAGAAAAAAAGUUGAAUUCAGAGACCAUUUU